AUGGAGAUGCCACUGGUGGUUCACCGCCACACAACAUUGACGACCCCGAUGCCCUGGCAGGAUUUCGAGCCCAUUGGUUUCCACCCCGACGGUCUUCCACGGGGCGUGACAAGCAGUCUGGGAAGCCAUUCGCCAACGGGGACAUAUCCGGAGGUUCUUUCGCUUGGUGGCAGCAGCGAUAAUGGCUGGACCAUCAGACAUCUUCACACCUUCCAUCACCUCCCGUGCCACCAAGCCAUCGGCUGCUUCCUCGAAACCCGCCAACGAUAG